UCACUCCCCGGGCUGGCUGGCUGGCUGGCUCGUUCGUAUCUGGCGGUGUGGUGUAUCUGUGUGUGUGUGUGUGUCUGUGUGUAUAUGUGCGGUCGGUCUGUGGUUGCGCUUCAGGUCUGCCCGUGUUGAUAAACGACACACUUCGGACGCAUUUCAACGCGGAGAGAUGGGAAUUUGGAAGAAAUGGCUCUAAAACAAAUUGCCCCCACGCUGCUCGCCCUGCUCCUCGGGCUGGCGGCCGUCGGUAGCGCUUUACGUUGUAACUGCACAAUCUGUGACACGGGCUUCGAGUGCGAGACAGAUGGCGCCUGCAUGGCCUCCACUUACUACAACGAGGAGAAGUUGCAACACGUACGCAUCUGUAUACCCCAGGAGAAGCUGCAACCCCCUGGACAGCCCUUCUUCUGUCUGAGUGCUGAAGGCUACCUCAACACUCACUGCUGCUAUGUAGACUAUUGCAACAGUAUCGACCUAAAAGUCCCAGUACCGACAAAAGGGGGAAACUGGUCAGGCACUGGAAACAGCUGGGGACCCGUGGAGCUGGUGGCGGUGAUCGCGGGGCCCGUGUUCCUGCUCUGCGUGUUGCUGAUGGUUGGCGUGUUCCUGUUCCAGUAUCACCAGAGGGCUUACAGCCACAGACAAAGGCUGGAGGUGGAGGACCCCUCCUGUGAGCAUUUGUACUUGGCCAAGGACAAGACCCUGCAGGACCUCAUCUAUGACAUGUCCACCUCGGGAUCAGGCUCCGGUUUGCCCCUGUUUGUGCAGAGGACAGUGGCCAGGACCAUUGUGCUGCAGGAAAUAAUAGGAAAGGGUCGUUUCGGUGAGGUGUGGCGAGGGAAGUGGAGGGGAGGAGACGUGGCGGUGAAGAUCUUCUCGUCGAGAGAGGAGCGCUCCUGGUUCAGAGAGGCUGAAAUCUACCAGACAAUCAUGCUACGGCACGAAAACAUCCUAGGCUUCAUUGCAGCGGACAAUAAAGACAACGGCACGUGGACUCAGCUCUGGCUGGUGUCAGACUAUCAUGAGCACGGCUCUCUCUUCGACUACCUGAACCGCUACUCGGUCACCAUCGAGGGCAUGAUCAAACUGGCCCUGUCCGCCGCCAGCGGCCUGGCUCACCUACACAUGGAGAUCCUCGGCACUCAGGGUAAGCCUGGCAUUGCUCACCGUGACCUCAAGUCCAAAAAUAUCCUGGUGAAGAAGAAUGGCAUGUGUGCUAUAGCUGACCUCGGCCUGGCAGUCCGCCACGAGUCCAUCACAGACACAAUCGAUAUAGCACCGAACCAGCGCGUAGGCACUAAGAGGUAUAUGGCUCCAGAAGUCCUGGACGAAACCAUCAACAUGAAACACUUUGACUCCUUCAAAUGUGCUGAUAUUUACGCGCUGGGUCUGGUGUACUGGGAGAUCGCUCGCCGCUGCAAUGCAGGAGGCAUCCAUGAGGAGUACCAGCUGCCCUACUACGACCUGGUGCCCUCUGACCCCUCCAUAGAGGAGAUGAGGAAGGUGGUGUGUGACCAGAAGCUGAGGCCCAACGUGCCCAACUGGUGGCAGAGCUACGAGUCUCUUCGCGUGAUGGGGAAGAUCAUGAGGGAGUGCUGGUACGCCAACGGAGCGGCCAGGCUGACGGCUCUGCGCAUCAAGAAGACACUGUCUCAGCUCAGCGUGGAGGAGGACGUCAAGAUGUGAGCGACCAGGCGGCGUUUAGAGAAAACAAAAUGAUUAAAAAAAAAAUAAAACGAAUGCCGCGCUGGAGACGCACAACCAGACCACACUCCCAUAGGAAACAAACACUAAAGACAGACUGCAAAAGAAAACCCUGCCAGUUUUAAAGCCACACUCCAAGUUGUGACAAGGCCUACCUCACCUUUUUAGCCAAAACUACUGAGAAUCACCCCUCUCCCUUCCUCCUCCCCCUCCCCCCGACUCCCCCACCCCGGGCCUCCCUUUCGUCCUUCGUGUCUCCACCCCCCCCCGUUCCCCUUCGACCCCCCUCCCCCCUUCUCCACGGGCCACAACACUACAGCACCACCACUGUUAAUACCAUCAACACUAUUUUUGUUUUCAUUUCCCAUGGCAGGAAUUCUAACUAUUGUACAGUGACAGGACAUUUUUUUGUUUGAUGUUUUUUUUUCUUUUUCUUUUUUUUUUUCUCUCCUCCUCUGAAAUUGUCCCACUACGGACUAAACCCAUCCAAGCAUGUUGUUGGUUUUAGGUUGAAGACGUCCACAUUGUGUCGCUGUAUGUGUGGGAGGGGAGGAGGAGGAGGGGAGAGGAGAGGCUGAAGCACUGUUUCUAGUCGCGUGUGUGUUAAAGGUGUCUGGACUACUGGCAUGUUUGUAGAAGCUGUAGUUCCUUUAGACUCAAUCAGUAACUGGACGUUCGAUAAUUAAGCAUGAACAGCCGGAUUUUUUGUGCUUCUUUCGUUUUAACCUUUUUUUGUUUUAAAAACCCUCGACUUGAAACUCCUCCGAACAGAAAUUAGUUGCACUCAACUGUAGCUUCCGCGUCGCGCGUGAGACCUUGCAGGUUGUCACGCUGACGGAUGUGGUCCAGUCCCGGUGUUAAAAGUUUGAAACGUGGCAGGGAUAAUGUUUGGGAUGUUUGUUUUUCUUUUUUUUUUUUUUAUUUAUUUGUUCAUAGUUUUUAUUUGAUGUUAAUGAACACUGUGAGAUGACAGGUGACAAAGCGUGCAAGGUGAGAAUGAAUUCAUCUCCACCCUGAGAUUUAAGGGUUAUUAUAUUCAUUCAUUCAUUCAUUCAUUCAUUCAUUUAGUGAGUCGCUCGGUAUGAAGUAUGAACGUAGCCAUAACCCCGACGGUGGCAGGCGAUGACAUCGUGCACACUAAGCAAAUAAAACGCUCUUCUUCUUUUCCUUUUUUUUGUUUUGUGUGUGUGUGUGUGUAGAGACAUCAUGAUGGAUGUUUUUGUUUUCUGACAUUAGACACUACUGAUGGUGGGUACAUAUGAUUUGUAUAUAAAGCCUGCAUCUUAUGUUGAUUUAUUCUUUUUUUUUUGUUUGUUUGUUUUUCCUUUUAUGCCACAUAUGACUUUUUACAGUGAUUUUAUUUUUUUUUUAAAUUGGAAGGUACUUUCAGAAGUCUGCACGGUUCCCAACUGUGCCAGGAAACGGACUGUGCUCUCUGCUGGAAUUUGUUUUCCGCUUUGCUCCUCUCAUGGUAAUUUGUUGGUACUACUGAUCCCAGAUCAUUUUUGCUGCAACUCCUGUGUUUUUUUUUGUUUUUUUUUUAAUAUAUAUAUAAAUAUAUACAUAUAUGUAAUUGUUGGACUUGCUUGUUGCGCUCUUUUAAGAGCUCAGUGAUGCAGAUCUGUCCUCUGGGGUGACAUCUCUUUCUCAUUGACACUGGAAUACUUUAGGAGCAUCGUGUAAACCUUAAAUCCUGAUACUGCCACUGGCUAUUUAUUCAGAACUACAGACGACUGGUGACAGUUGACACACGCGCGCGCACACGCACACACAGGGGAACGUGUGGUUCCAUGUAAAAUGUAGUUUUUACCUUCAAGGACUGACAUGCUGUAAAGUGAAACUGCAUGUUUUUUUUUCAUUCUGCGUCCGCAGCUCUGAGACUAUGAAAGUAUUACACUGACCUUCGUCACCAUCGGGCUCUGCACUGUUAUGUCCACAGGGGCGUUAUAGUUCAUGUUAGUUACGCCAGAAUCCAUGUGUCAUGUUAGUAUCCAUUUCUGCAUGCUGUCUCAAACACUGGCUCCUCUGCACUGAGGUAAAUGAACCGAAGACAUGUAUUUGCUGAUUCCUACAUGUCGUUCCCAUAUUUCUUUUUUUUUUUUUUUUUUUGUUUGUUUAUUUUUGUUCAGGUUUGGCUGUGUACCCCAGAAAUGUUGCUGCUACUGUUAACAUGGGUAGAGGUUCAAGCAGGCAGAGCGUGGAGGCGGAGUGGGGGAGGAAUGGGGGGGAGGCGGCUGCCGGUUGAACCACAAUUGUCAAAAACACUCCUGUCCAUGUUUGGUUUGUUGCCAUGGGUAUAUGACCAUCAGACAUCCUGUUCAUAGGUAAUACUUCAAGAUUUCAAAAAUAAUAUUGUGCAGAUCUUUUCAGAAUUAGUUCAGAAGUGUAUAUAGAUGAUAUACAAUAAAAUCCUCCUUUUCUUA